UCACUACCGUGUGGAGUCCUGCCUACUCUCUCCCAGGAUGUCUGGCUCUUCUGAGCACAGGGAGCUGGAUAGGAUCUCCAUGGAGAUGAACCAAUUGUCAUUCAGGAGGCAGCAACUGAUCGACCGCAGGAACAUGCUGACCAUCCUGCAGGAGUUCAGGAACCGUUCCAACAACAAUAGCACAGUAGAGGGAUCCAAGCAGCAGACUGAGAUUCAAUGCAUUGAUCAGGAACUGCAGGAGCUGUCUGAGAAGAAGAGAGCCCUGCAGGAAAACCAAGAUAACAUUCUCCAUUCCAAGGACCAAAGAAAAGAGUGCAUCAUCAGUCAGGGGGGCGUGUCUGUUCUCCCUGACCYCUCUGUUGUCUUUGUUGAAGCUCCACCCUCUAUACCAGCUCCGGAGGUGAUCMUGGACAUCCAGAAACUUCCUCCCUGCUCAUCUCAGACCCAGUGCCCACAKUGUCGACAGUUCAUCACCACAGAGAUUGUCACUUCAGUAGGCAAUGUGGCCUGUCUGGUCUGUGUCACAAUGUCUAUACUUGGCUGUGUGGCUGGYUGCUGCCUUAUCCCUUUCUGCAUUGAUAACUUCAAAGAUGUCACGCAUAGAUGUCCUAAGUGUCGAAGUUCAAUACUCACCAUCAAAAAGCUCUGAAGUAAGGGCCCACAUGUACAUAGAGACUAAUGAACAGGUCUCAGACUGGGCAUGGAGAUCUCCCCUUGUGAUGAUGAGAUGAUCUACAUGAUCUACCAUGAAUCUGAGGUGACCCAUUUGGGGUUCAGUAGACACCCUGUCCCAUCAUGCAGGUACAAGACAGCAGUGGAUGAGGAGGACAUGGACAAUGAAUGUUGAAUGGACCCAAGCCAUAGUGAAACAUGUUCUGCUGAGUGAUAAGUGAUCAUAAAUUCCCAACAACUGUACUGAGGUCAGUGUCACUCCCAUCAUUCCUGUGAUGACGAUGUAGUCAUACUGUGAGAACUGUGGCUGCAUCCUGUACAUUUGAAGUUAGUGUGUAUGGCAUUGUUCUUGGAAUAAAAUGUCUUCAUCAAUGCAAUUUAUUGGAGAAACUAAUAAAUAAAUCAAAUGUUAAUAUUUUCUUUUGACCUGCAAAAAGCCUGUGUGAAUUGUAAAACAUAAGAGGAAAAUAGUGUUUCAAGGUCUGUGAACUCUAAAGCUGCAUGUGACUUAUCCAAGCCUAGUGGUGGCUGUGUUAGGGUUUGGAACUCCUUGAUAAACAAAAAGUCACAUGAUAUGGUUGUUUUAUUUACUAAACACAGCUGAAUAAUUUUCACACACAAUGUACAUGACCAUUUUUAUUGACACAAAAAGGCUAUAUAUAUACAUUAUGGGUAUACAGUAGUACGCAUACUGUAUACACCAAACAGUCUUAAUACAAAAGAGCUUAGAUGUGCUACAUUUGUAUAAAAUGUACGAAAAGAGCUAAUGUGCUACAUUUGUAUAAAAUAAAAUGCAUGACAAAAUAUAUACACAAUGUGCAAAAUGUAUGGCAUACUAACUAUGUAUCAAUACACCAUUGCAAGGGAAGGGGCUAUACUAGUAUAGUACAAAUAAAAUGACUUCUGAUUCCA